UAAUUUAAUGUACUUUCGCAUUUCAAUGUAUGUUACAGUCAGCAGAGAAUCAAGAUUUUGUAUAAAAGCUUGUUCUUUCCCUCCGGGAUCAUCUCUCUCUGUCUCUGUCCGCGCGCCCAGAGAAAAAGGAACGUUGAAGGAAAAACCCUAAGUAAAAAAAAAAAAAAAAAAAAAAGGAAAGAAAGAAAGAAAGAAAGGAAGAGGAUAGAUUUGGGGACUCUGAGAGAUGUCGAAGAAGUUGGCGACGAGAAGAGAGCUUUUGGACCGAUGGAGAGGCAUCGAGGAAGAAGAAGAAGAAGAAGACGACGAUCAUGACUCCUCCAAACGACGCCGUCUCCACCAUCUUAAAGAGCAAUGGUUUGCAGAUGCAUUUAAUUUCUUAAUUUGCUUCCCAAAAGAUACUCAUAUCUGGUGUGGCUCUUGGGAUUUGAUGGGUCCUCUUUUAGAGACGUUCUACAAUUACUUCAAAGACGAGCAUCCUGAUUCUCCUCUCAAGCAAUUAUGGAAGAGGAUUUCUGAUGAAAUGCGGAAAUGCAUCCAGUGCAUUUCUCAGUACCAUCAAGCCUUAGAAAUGUAUGAUAGGGAGUAUGAGCUAAGUUGCAUUAUCCCCCUUCUUGAUGUGCUGCGAACCCUUGAUGAGCAGAGGGUGACUCAACACUUGAGAGAGAUCAAUGCAAGAAUAGCAAGAGAAGAAUAUGAUCCGGCUCGUGAUAAUGCUGAAGUUGUUAGUGUAAUGUAUGAGAUUUUGAUGUUCCCUAUCCUGUUGGACGAUCAAUCAUUGUUCACUGAAUUCGAAACAUUUAUUGAAGCAAUUGAUAAUAAGCAUGAACUGGCUUUGGAUGGACAACAACAGUUUCCGGGUGUUUAUGCAUUAUUUUUUUUCAAACGAAGAGUGCGUUCUGUUGGUCAUCGUCUUGCUGGGUCUAUGGGAAAAUUGAGGAGAGUAACUGAAUUGGAACCUUUGCAGCCUUUGCUUAAGAAAUUUAUAGGCUUUUUGGAGACAGAAGUUUUGCCACCGACACCUGAGACUUCAAGACCUAGAGCAAAGCUGGACCGUGUAUCCAUAUGGCUUGGAAUCAAAUCAUUGCUUGGAUUCUUAGAUCCUCCAGCUUUUGAAGAAGGGAUACUAGAACGCUAUCCCAUUUUUCUGGACCUCGUACUCAAUCAUAUCAGUGGUGAUUCAGUUGUAUUUUCUCAUGCAGUUACCUGCUUGAGACUACUCUUUGAAAUGCUUGGUUGUAAACUUUGGUUGAGAUCUACAUUGUCUCCAAGUGUGAUGCGCAACACGCUAUUGGGGCAGUGUUUUCAUACUCGAAACGAGAAAAGCCAUAAAGAUAUUUUUGAUCUUAUUCAGCCUUUUCUGCAGUCUCUUGAAGCUUUGCAAGAUGGGGAACAUGAAAAGCAACGUAGGCAUUUUAUAUAUUUUCUCCUCCACCAAGUGCCAAUGAGCAGUAACUUCAGUGUUUUAACGAGGAAAAAGGCUUGCCAGAUAGCUCUUUUUAUUAUACAAAGAGGCUAUAAGAUGAACCCGCCGUGCCCACCUUCUGAAUGUGCACAUAUGUGGGGCCCUUCUCUUGUGUCAUCCCUGAAGGAUUCUUCACUCCACAGUUCUCUGAGGCAGCCUGCAUUUGAUCUUAUACAAACUAUUAUAGUGUCUGAUGCUGCUGCCCUUAUAACUUCAAUGCUGAAUUGCAGCACCUCUUGGAGUAUUGACAAAAGCGUGUCUCUGGACUUGGAUGAUGAUGAUCAAUGUGACAGGCUUCCAUUUAUUCCAGAUGGUAGAGAGGAGGAUAAUAGUUCUUGGAGCGAAUUCGGUACACAAAGUAAAAUUACUUGUCGGGAAUAUCGAGAGUGGAUGUGCAUUCCUAUGUUGUGGAUUGACGUUCUAGUUGAACUUGAUCCCUCAGUCUUUCCGAUAUCAUUUUCUAAGGCUGUUUUCUGGGCUCGAUCUCGUUUUUCUAUGGUUGAACCCGAAAUCAGUGCAGAAAUGGCACUUCCAUUGAGAACCUGGCUUCAAUCUUCUGUUGAAGAAAUCUCCACUUCAUUUGGUUGGACAAUCCCAACUGGUUCUGAUGAUGGUGGAGAGGGCAAGGACUCAAAAAACUCAGUAAAAAUAUCAUCAAUGUGUAUUUCUUUAGCAAGAACAUUCAACAGGUUAACUGGACACUUUAUAGAUCAAGUGGGGCAAAGAGAAAUUGGGAAACUGUGGACUUGGGAACCAAGGAUGUCUGAAAGCUUGAUACUUUCACUCCUGGAUCCUAAUGAUAAUAUCAGGCAAUUUGGGAAAUGUAUUUUGGAACAAGUUUCGGAUACACGUGGUCUUUCUUGUGGCUUGAAGUUCCUCUGCUCAAGUGGAUGCUCGUUGUCUGCCAUUUUUCGGGGUUUCAGGCAUGCUUGUAAAUUGGUUCUACUGGAUUCUGUUUUGGUAAAGUUUCAGACUUUGCAACACUUUUUUUUCGUUCUACGCAAAUUACUCAAAGGGGUUACCGAAGAAUGGCCAGAAAGUUCAUCUGAUCACUUAAGUAUCACAAGCUUCUCUUCCCAAGGUGGAUUUUUGAGGCAGCCAUUCUUUGAUACAUUGCCUGAGAAUGCCAUUGGGUACUCAUCAAAUGUUGACUUCAAAUUGCUGCAAAAGUUCAUUUACUUGCUAUCGGAAACUGCUUGGCCUUCUAUUCGGAGAUGCUUAAUAGAGGGCAAAGCAUUUAUUGAUUACAGUUUCUGUCAGAUGACUUGUGUCCGCUUACUUGAGAUCCUCCCUGUUGUUUUUGAAAUAAUGUACCCGCCAUUGGGUACAAAACAUGAGGAUUCGAGAGUGAUGGUGAAAAGUGCUUGUGACUUCUCAUGGCUUAAUGAUCUCAUGGAUUGGGGAAAGUCAUCACUUAAAGUUAUAACCGUGUAUUGGAAACGGACAGUUUCCAUGUUGCUGUCUUUUCUCAGGGGUUCAUGUAGUAACAGUGCUACAAUGACAAUCGGGACCAUUGAAAAUAUGAUAUCAAGUGAUAAUUUUGCCACGGAUGAAUUGACAGAAACAGUUUCACGCCUUUCUGUUUCGUUAUCGAAGGAAGCUUCUUGUGACAGUGGAAAGACCCCCUAUAGUUCAAGAUCUUUAUUUCCCGAAUUCUUGUCAUUUGGGAGGAAUAGUUCAGUUUCAAAUGAGCAGCCUCUCUCUGGUGAUGACAGAGAGGUGCAGAUCUUGGACUCGGUAACGGGAGCUCACAAAACGGCUGAAGAUGUUCUGAUUGUUCUUUCAGACAGUGAAACAGAGGAACCUAUAUCUGCCAAUGAGGUCAUUCUCUCUGAUACUGAGACAGGUCACCACAUGUUGGAGGACAAGACUAUUGAUCCUGGGAGCAAAUCACAUUUUGACUCUACGAAAAAGAAAGUUUCUGACACUGACACUGACACUUCUAAGGAUUUGUUGGAGUCUUUUCAGCAAAAUGACACUACUGAUGGUUCUGUGGUUGCUUCUCGGGAUAAGAGCUUUGAUGGAUUAAAAGGUAAAGGAGCACCCGCUCUCCUCGAAUCAGAAGGUUUAGAUGGUAAGAGGAAAGGAAUACGCUCCAUAUACAAUAAAAAUGAUUCCAUUUUAUCCCAGAAUAGAGUUAAUCUUCAUGUUUCAUCCAAUGAAGCUGUCAGUUCCAAGAAUAUGACUCUAAAUUUCAACAGUGCAAUUUCCAAGGCAAGUGACACUGUUUUGAAAGAGAUAGUACGUGAUACUGAAGACGAUACAUUUGAGUCUGCACUAAACUCUGCAAGGCGUCAGCAGUCACUUAUAGCAAAGUCAAGCACUUCUCUUCCAAAACGGCAAGUUAUUCAACUUAAAUCACAUUUUGAAAUUAGAUCUGGCCGUUUACAUAGACUGGAGGCUGGAGUGAAAAGGUUCAAGCCGCCAAGGCUUGAUGACUGGUAUAGACCCAUUUUGGAAAUUGAUUACUUCGAAACUGUUGGAUUAGCAUCUGCUGGUGAGGAUAGGAGUCGAAUUGUUAGCAAAUUAAAGGAGGUUCCCGUCUAUUUUCAAUCGCCUGAACAGUAUAUAGAGAUUUUUCGGCCGUUGGUUUUGGAGGAGUUCAGAGCACAGUUGCACAGUUCCUUUUUGGAAAUGUCUUCCUUGGAAGAGAUGUAUUUUGGCAGUCUAUCUGUGAUGUUGGUCGAGAGAGUUGAUGAUUUUCAUCUGGUUCGAUUUGUCUAUGAUGAUAAAGAUUCUGCUGCUUCUAAAAGCUUUUCUGAAAAUGACCUUGUGUUGUUGACAAAAGAGCCUUUGCAAAAAUCAUCCCAUGAUAUUCAUAUGGUUGGAAAGGUGGAGAGGCGUGAGAGAGACAAUAAGAGAAGACAAACUAUAUUAGUAAUCAGGUUCUAUCUUCAAAAUGGUUCUUCACGAUUAAAUCAAGCUAGAAGAAACCUCAUUGAACGUGGUAAAUGGCACGCAACUCGCUUAAUGAGCAUUACACCUCAACUUAGAGAAUUUCAGGCACUGUCUUCAAUUAAGGAAAUCCCCAUACUUCCAGUUAUUUUGAAGCCCGCCAAUGAUUCUCUUGGUGGUGAUAUAUCCAAGGAAGUGGAUCUGGGUAAGCUUUCCCAACCCUUGCAGCAAGUACUGAAAUCAUCCUUCAAUGACAGUCAACUUCAAGCUAUUGGUGUUGCUGUUGGAUCACCAAGUUUAAAGAAAGAUUUUGAAUUAUCCCUUAUUCAGGGUCCUCCAGGUACUGGCAAGACGCGAACUAUUUUGGCCAUUGUCAGUGGUUUGCUUGCUUCACCUUUACAGAGGAUGGGUAAUGCAAAAAACUUUCUUGAUGGCACUUUGAAAAGAAAUGGUAUGCAGUGCACCAAUUCACGUCCACGGAUAAGCCAGACUGCUGCAAUUGCAAAGGCAUGGCAGGAUGCAGCCUUGGCUAGACAAUUGAAUGAGGAUGUUGAAAGAAGCUCAAAAUCCAUGGAAAGUUUGGCAAGAGGAAGGGUGCUUCUAUGUGCCCAGUCAAAUGCAGCGGUUGAUGAGUUAGUAUCAAGAAUUUCUAUUCAAGGUCUUUAUGGAAGCGAUGGGAAGAUUUACAAGCCGUAUCUUGUAAGGGUUGGCAAUGUGAAGACAGUCCAUCCAAAUUCACUACCAGUAUUUAUUGAUACACUUGUUGAUCAACGUUUGGUGGAAGAGAGGAUGAAAGUUUGCAAUGAAAAGAGUGAUUCUACUGUGGGCUCUUCAAUUACUUUGCGUUCUAAUCUUGAGAAAAUAGUUGACCGAAUCAGGUUUUAUGAAACAAAGCGUGCUAACUUAAGGGAUGGAAAUGCUGACCUUAAGAAUUCUAUGGAAGCUGAUAGUAAUAAGGGGGAUGAUGAGAAAGAAGUGUCUGAUGCAGAAAUAGAGUUGAAGCUAAGAAAACUUUAUGAGCAAAAGAAGCAAAUCUAUAAAGAUCUUAGCAGUGUUCAGACACAGGAGAAGAAAUCUAAUGAAGAAAUGAAAACACUUAGACGUAAGCUUCGGAAGUCUAUUUUGCAGGAAGCUGAGAUUGUGGUAACUACAUUGAGUGGUUGUGGUGGAGACCUCUAUGGAGUGUGUUCUGAGUCUGUGUCAACUAAUAAAUUUGGGAUUCCAUCUGAGCAUACUCUUUUUGAUGCUAUAGUGAUUGAUGAGGCUGCUCAAGCUCUGGAACCUGCUACUCUGAUUCCUCUUCAGCUUUUAAAAUCUAGCGGGACUAAAUGUAUUAUGGUUGGUGACCCAAAGCAGCUUCCAGCGACAGUUCUUUCUAGUGUUGCUAGUAAAUUCCAGUAUGAAUGCAGUAUGUUUGAACGUUUACAGAGGGCUGGUCAUCCUGUCAUUAUGCUGACCAAACAGUAUAGAAUGCACCCAGAAAUAUGUCAGUUUCCUUCAUUGCAUUUUUAUGACGGAAAGCUGCUAAAUGGUGAAAAAAUGUCUAACAAGUCAGCUCCAUUUCAUGAAAUUGAGGGUCUUGGACCAUAUGUAUUCUAUGACAUUGUUGAUGGCCAAGAGCAUCGUGGUAAGAACUCUGGUGCAUUGUCCCUUUACAAUGAGCAUGAGGCUGAAGCUGCAGUUGAAGUUCUUAGGUUAUUCAAGAAAAGGUGCCCAUCUGAAUUUAUUGGUGGAAGGAUUGGCAUCAUAACUCCAUACAAGAGUCAACUCUCACUUUUACGUUCUCGUUUUUUAAGUGCAUUUGGAUCUUCUGUUAUAGAUGAUAUGGAAUUAAAUACCGUGGAUGGUUUCCAAGGUCGGGAGGUUGAUAUAAUUUUACUUUCAACUGUUAGGGCAGGGGAUCCUAACUCUGCCCUUCGGAUGAACUCAAGCAACAUUGGGUUUGUAGCUGAUGUAAGAAGGAUGAAUGUGGCUUUGACAAGAGCCAAGCUCUCGCUCUGGGUCUUGGGUAAUGCCAGGACUUUGAUGACAAACCGUAACUGGGCUGCUCUUUUAAAGGAUGCUAAAGCAAGAAACUUGGUUAUUUCAGUCAAAAUGCCAUACGAGUCGAUGUUUAAAACAGCCUUUUGUGGAAAUGCUGUUUCAGGAAUUUCUGUUAAUCACUCAGGACAGAAGAAAUAUGUUGAAAAGGUUAAUGAUGCUAGCCAGCAUGCAAAACAAAAUGAACGCAAUACAAAUCAAACCUUUGAAAGGAAAACAAGGAAUGUAGGCUGUGCAGAUCAGGGUAAAAGAACAGGUAUAGGAGAUGAAAAGGAUUUGGGCACGACUAAAGAUUCAUCAUUAGUAGCAAAUGGUAAGAACAAAACUUCUGAGGAUGUUAAGCGUGCAAACUCAGGGAAACAUGCUAAAGUGGGUGAAAGAAAGGGCAAACAGAGUAGUGAAAAGAAAGUUGGUUUGGGGAAUACGGAUAUGAGCAAAAGGAAGCAUGAAUUUGACAAGUCUAAUAAUCAUUCAAACCAUUCUGAACGAGAAUUGGCUGAUGGUCAUAAACUCUCGAAAUCACUUGUGUCAAAAAGACUGAAGAAAUCCUCUGAUGGUGGUAGAAGCGAGCAGGGGAAUCAGGCAACUCAAUUAACUGAAGGCAGCUCUAAGGAGAGAGAUGCAAAUGUCAGAGGUAAAGUCCCCAGUCAGGUAGGCCGUGCUGAAGAUUUGAUUGCAAAAAGGAAACAACGUGAAGCUGUUGAUGCUAUUCUUUGUUCUUCGCUGAUAUCUUCCAAGAAGUCUGAGAUGUCGACGAAACCUCUGCCUGCCAAAAGGUCUUUUUCGUCAUCAUCAAAUGUUAGUGGUGGCAUAAAACCUCCCAAAACAAGUAAAGUUCCACCAGCGUCUUCAACAAGUGCAUCAGAAAAUCAGAUCCAUAAGCAUCGCAAUAAGAAAUAAAAUUUUUUGAGUUCCCAGGACUUGGAUGAAGCUUGGAGUCCUUUAAGGAUCUAGUUUCCAAAUUGAAGCUUUGCGAUCAAUGGUAUAACUUGAACUGGAAUGGAGAGUUUUGGCGCAUUUGGUAUGCCAACAGUAAGGUAAUUGGUGGAAUUCCUGCUGGUGUACCCACACCAAAUAUAUCAUGGUAACCAGAACCUGUCAUUGAUGAGUUUCUUAUCAGGUUACUACUGGUACUUACUAUUGGAAAAAAAUCUUAACUGGAGGUACUGAAAAAGUUAUAAAUCUUCAAACAGGAUGCGGUGACAAUUCCAUAGUUACACCAUCCAAUGAGAAGGGGACACAUAUGCUCUUUAGGAUAAUUACAGUAAAAGCGAGUGUAGAUGAUCAUAUGAACUCUCUCUGAGUCUCUCCUCCUCGGUCUCUCUCUUUCUUCUCAAGCCUCCCUCCCUCUCUGCUCAAGCCCGAGGCCACGAAAACGUUUAAUCUCCCCCCACAGUCGCUCUCUCUCUCACCCCUGACUCUCUCUCCCCUCAUACACCAGGACCCGCUACAAGUGUUAAAGUCACUGCAAUUUUGGAGAUAGCAAAUAUUGUUCCCAAGGUUUUCUAUUGUCCUACUUCACUCCCUUUUCCUUUAUUUUCAUUCUACUGCCAUGAAUAAUGCAGUGAAACGCAGAGUUGAGAAAAUUGGCUGUUGGGAGUGAUGAUGCUACCUGGAGUGAUGCUUGAUUUAUUCCUCUCAAGACGUGGAUGGUUGGGUCCAUUAUAAACAACUCACCUGUAGCUUUGAGCUCACAAAGUCGCCGGACGCCACGUUAUAUAUAUGUGAAUAAUCUUAGUUUCACUUUGCAAUUAAUUGUCAGAGUUCUUUGUAUCUUACUAUGAUCAUUUAGUCGCUACUGCAAAAGCUUUUAUCCUACAUCCUUUAUAUUUCUCUCUCCGGUAGAAAAUCUCCUGAAAUAGGGUAUUAUAAUUUGUAUCUCACAUUGUGCAAUGGGAGGAAAAGAUGCAAAUGAUAUGAAAUUGAAUAUUUGUUUUUUGUUCUGCUAGUUACAUAUAAUUAUUUGAGCCAUAUUUGUAUGAAAAUUGCUUCUACAUGGUCUGAAAAAUAGGAUUGAUAUGGCUAGAUCAGAUCAGAAGCGAGGAGUUUAAAACCUUUGUACU